UCAUUGGGUUUCCACGCAGGUGAGCGACGCCAGGACUGCAGCGCUGCCUUAAGCUGGGCGAACGGCGACACCCGGGCGCGCGGCUGCACCUGCUGGAAGAGCCUCCUCCGCCGUCCCCUUCCGCGGGAUCAAUAGCUCCGUCUGCUCGCUGCGUGCGCCUCGUUCUCCAACAGAGGGGGCAACGUGAGCUCAGAAGAAAACCCCGGCAGCGAUACAAAAGGCGUCUCGGAGGGUUUACUAGGCGCAGUCUCUCCCGCUCUUCUGUGUCUCCCCCCUCCACGCCGCCGCUCAACGAGGUGAUGGGCAAAGCAAACUAGAAACAUUUCUAAAAGCGCCUGCGGACUCGAGGAGGUGUAAACUCCGUCAGGAAAGAGACGGGAAGGGGUGGUGGUGGAGGAGGAGAGGAGGAGGCGCAAUCGGGCCAGCCCGGAGCCGCACAGACACCAUGAUGAGUUGGAGUCGCCUGUAAAGGAGAAGGAAAAGCGGAUUUGGCGGAGUGAUCGUGUGUGGCCGCGGGACUGGGGACAAGCGGCUGGAUAUUGAUUCCUUUUUAACCCCCCCUCUCCUGGUUUUUUUGUGUGUGCCUCUUUCUUGGAGUCGCUCCCCGGGGGCGAAAAAGUGCCUCCCCUCCCUAAGAGGCAAGGCGAAAGCUGCUCUUGUGUGUCGCACUCGCGCGCUCCCCCGGCGUGAGUCCCCCUUUCUCCCCCUCCCUCCCUCCCUUUUGCUCUUUCCCCUCAUUGAGAAAAACACACUCCUGUUUUCCAAGAUGCUGGGAUAUAAGAUCUGAGAGGAGAGCCUUCGUCUUUUUCUUCUCCCUUUCCUCUUUUUCUUCUUGCAGAGCAGCCGCUCUUGCUGGUACUGGUGCUGUUGGACGGAGAGGACAGAGGCGGGCGGGGUGGGGGAUUUUUCUCGGGAAUUCCGUGGAUAUGAACUUGGGGGCUUUGGAACCGCGCUGGUUUGGAAUAUCGACGUGCUGAUCGCCUCUUGGAGUGGCAGAAAACGAGCGCACUUGGGGAGGACGACCGGCAAAAGAGCAAGAUGUCUCUGGCCACCUUAUACUUCGUUUUGCCCUUAAUGGAAGUCCUCUUGUCUGCAGAAGUGAGCGGGCUGCUUGGAGGGGAACGCCUGGAUUGUGUGAAAGCCAGCGACCAGUGCCUCAGGGAGCAGAGCUGCAGCACGAAAUACAGGACACUGAGGCAGUGCGUGGCAGGCAAAGAGAGCAACUUCAGUCGGGCGACAGGCCUGGAGGCAAAGGACGAGUGCAAGAGCGCCAUGGAGGCUCUCAAGCAGAAAUCUCUCUACAAUUGCCGCUGCAAGAGAGGCAUGAAGAAGGAGAAAAAUUGCCUACGUAUUUACUGGAGCAUGUACCAAAGCUUACAGGGAAAUGACUUGCUUGAAGAGUCGCCUUAUGAACCAGUUAACAGCAGAUUAUCAGACAUAUUCAGGCUAGCACCAAUUGUAUCAGUGGAGCCUGCCAUAUCAAAGGGGAACAACUGUUUGGAUGCAGCAAAAGCUUGUAACCUCAACGAUACCUGCAAGAAAUACCGAUCAGCUUAUAUAACCCCCUGUACCAGCAGUGUGUCUAAUGAAAUCUGCAAUAAGCGGAAGUGUCAUAAGGCCCUGAGGCAAUUUUUCGACAAAGUCCCCCCGAAGCACAGUUAUGGGAUGCUCUUCUGCUCCUGCCGAGACGUUGCAUGUACAGAGAGGAGACGGCAGACUAUUGUCCCUGCGUGCUCAUAUGAGGACAGGGAGAAACCGAACUGCCUGAAUUUACAAGAUACUUGCAAGACGAAUUACAUCUGCAGAUCUCGCCUUGCAGAUUUUUUCACAAACUGCCAGCCUGAGUCACGAUCUAUUAGUAGCUGUCUGAAGGAAAACUAUGCUGACUGCCUCCUUGCUUACUCCGGGCUUAUUGGCACAGUUAUGACUCCAAAUUAUUUAAAUUACAACAGUCUCAGCGUCGCUCCAUGGUGUGAUUGCAGCAAUAGCGGGAAUGACCUAGAAGAAUGUCUGAAAUUUCUGAAUUUCUUCCAGGAUAACACUUGUCUUAAAAAUGCAAUUCAGGCCUUUGGCAAUGGUACAGACGUGAAUGUGUGGCAGCCCUUACUACCUGUCCAGACAACCACAGCUUUAACUACAACAUCUUACAGAUCUAAGAUAAUGGGACCCGAGAACACCAACAAUGAAAUACCCACCAACAAUGACUUACCAGCAUGUGCCAAUCUUAAGGUACCAAAGCAGAGUUUCAAUGAAUCUGUAGCUACGGAACUGUGUGUGACUGGGAAUGCUCUUGGGAAAGGAAGCGUGGCAGGCGGCUCCACUAGUCACAUGUCCUCUGACAGUUCAUCUCCUCUUCGUAUAAGCAUCCAGCCAAGCACACUUCUCAUGCUGGUGGCAAUUGCACUCUCAUCUUGCUUGUGCCCACGUUCAUCAGAAACCUCAUAUCUGCUUUAACAAAAGGACUUGUACAAAGAAAAGGAAAUAAAAUGAAGUUGAUUUGUUCCAUGUCCUCCUCUGUUAAUUGUUCUGAUAUAAAAGUUCUAGGAGCUAAGUUGAAGCACUUUGCUAAAAAAAAAAAAAAAAAAGUUCUGGAUUGUCAUCCCCGUCUUCAUUAUAUUAUAUCAUAUUAUAUUAUAAUUUCCUAAUUUUUAAAGGACGCUUCUUGUGUUACUUAGGAGCCUUGUGAAAUACUUGAUGCAGUAUUACAUUCCAAACCCAGAAGGCUUUGGGACAUGCAAUGUUUUAAAAGAGAUGGAAUGUCAAUUUGCAUGUAAAUCAUCCAGAUUUCAUCCUUUCCUUUCUUUCUUGUUUUCCUUGUCCUCGCCUUUAAAAAAAAAUAAAAAUCAGCCCAAUAAAAAAGAGGCCAUGUAGCUUAGAAUCCUGCUUCUCUCAUUUGCAGCACAAUUAGCCAGGAAGUUCUCCUGUGCAAGACCCAUUGUAAUAAAGGGGAUCUCAGCCAGAGCAUUUGAGUGCUUUUGUGCAGUUUCCAAUUAUUUCAGUGUAAGAUGAGAGCAAAGACACACCUUAGCUGAAAUCGGUUCCAAAGCCAAAGUCAUGGCUUCCAAUUGGAGUGGAGAUGCUUUCAAAGGGGAUCCAGGAUACCCUUGACUUUUCUGACAGGUUUUGGGCCCUUUCCAUAAAUAUUUGCUAUGUGGACCUCACAAAGACGUGGCUGCCUGGGAAGUCUCCUGCAUACUGAGGAGGCAGCAGUCUUGUCACCUGCUCCCUUGGCAGACCAGAGACCUCUAAGAAGACAAGGGAGGCCUUGCAUAAAGAAUUUCCUGGUGGAUUUUGGCCUCGACUGUUUUUAAUUGUUAUUAUUGUCAAAUUAAACAUAUUUUGAAGUAUAUAUAUUAAAAAAGGAUCAGGCUGUUGACAUAUGAUGAAUGUCUUCCUGGAGUGUGAAUUUUAUGAAACUUCUUCGUGUUUAUAGAUGGCUACCAAUGUUUUAAUGUUUUAGCAUUCUCUUCCAUGUUUAUAUAUGUAAGUGGUUUUGCAGUCCUCGCUGUGAAACCAUUGUAAGUCAUAUACCAAUGUAAUACACGUUUUCUUCAAAAUUUCUGAAGAAAUAGAGAGCGAUAUUAAACUUUCUAACACUG